AAAGCGCCUUCUUUCUAAUUUCUUUUCCUUCCACUGCACAGUCUUGACAAAAUUACAUGAUAUAGACGAACAACAGACGAGGUCAUUUCAAAAUGUCAGUGGCAGCUUCACGACGCAUUGCCGCGGCCCUGCGACAGCCAGGACGAACAUGCGCUUCAGCGGCUACCACCAGCCACACCUCUCGCCGUCGCUGCUUCUCGUCUACUGGUAGCCGACAGCUCAUGGAGACGACAGGCUUCACCGAAAACGAGCUCAUGGUCCGCGAGGCCAUUGGUGCCGUGUGCUCCCAGUUCCCCAACACCUACUGGCAAGAGCGCGACGAGACGGAAACAAAUCCGACCGACUUCCACGCAGCUCUGGCCAAGGAUGGCUGGCUGGGCAUUGCGCUGCCCGAGUCGUACGGAGGCGCUGGUCUGGGCAUUGCAGAAGCAACCAUGAUGAUGCAGACAAUCACAGAGUCUGGUGCAGGCAUGGCUGGUGCCCAAGCUAUCCACGCCAACGUUUACGCGACGCAGCCGCUAGCCAAGUUUGGCAGUAAAGAACAGCUAGAAGAAACCAUCCCGGCUAUUAUCUCGGGCAAGGUCCGUGUAUGUUUCGGCGUCACAGAGCCCAAUGCUGGUCUCAACACAUUGAGUCUCACGACCGCCGCAACAAAGACGGACGACGGAUACGUCGUGUCGGGGCAAAAGAUUUGGAUCACCAAUGCACAGGUGGCAUCAAAGAUGAUUCUACUUGCGCGAACAACACCCCAAGAAGAAGCAACCAAGCCUAGCGAAGGCCUAUCACUAUUUUGCAUCCCACUUGACAAAUCACAGCCAGGGCUGGAGCUGCGCAAGAUUAAGAAGAUGGGCGGUCGCGCUGUGGAUGCCAACGAAGUCUUUUUUGACAACUACAAGAUUCCAGCCUCCUCACUGGUAGGCCAGGCUGGCAAGGGUUUCAAGAUGGCCCUGCACGGGAUGAAUGCCGAACGGUGUCUGCUAGCCGGCGAGGCACUAGGGCUGGGCUAUGCGGCUCUGGGCAAAGCUGCGCAGUAUGCCCGGGAGCGCGUCGUAUUUAAUCGGCCGAUAGGCAUGAACCAGGGCGUGGCGCAUCCUUUGGCCGAUGCAUUUAUGCGCCUUGAGGCGGCCAAGCUGGCGACAUAUCACGCUGCGCGACUAUACGAUGCUAGCAAGAAGGACUCGUCGAUCCGGCAGGACGCAGUGGGCGUUGCGGCGAAUAGUGCAAAGUACAUGGCUGCCGAAGCAGCAUUUACAGCCUGCGAAAGAGCUGUCCUUGCUCACGGCGGCAUGGGAUACGCAGCCGAGUACGAUGUUGAGCGGUGGUUCAGAGAGUGCUUGGUGCCGCGGAUAGCACCGGUCAGCAGGGAGAUGAUUUUAAAUUACAUUAGCGAGCGCGUUCUGCAGCUUCCCAGAAGCUACUAGACUAUUUUGAUCGUAAAUAUAAAAUAGACAAAUAGAGUAAUUCGUUUGUAAA